CAGGCAUUCCCGGAGCGGGCACCAGGGACCGGCGGCCGCAGCAUGACGGGCAAAGCGGGCGCGGCGCUGGCCCCCAGCCUGCCCGGUAAGCCCAAGCUCGACGGCGCGCCCGCCGCCCCGCCGCCGCCUCCGCCGCCCCCCGCGGCAGGGUCCAAGCCUAGCUCCGGGCCCACCCCUCCCCGCUGCACCGGCUUCGGCAUCCAGGAGAUCCUGGGCUUGAACAAGGAGCCGCCGUCGCACCCUCGGGCCACCCUGGACUCGCUGCCCGCCGGGCACCUGCUGGCGGCCCGGUCCGUGCUCAGCCCCGCCGGGGUGGGCGGUGUGAGCAUGGGUCUGCUGGGGGCCGGCGGCAUCCCCGGCUUCUACACCCAGCCGACUUUCCUGGAGGUGCUCUCCGACCCCCAGAGCGUCCACCUGCAGCCUCUGGCCCGGGCCCCCGGGCAGCUGGACAGCAGCCAGACGGCCAGCUCAGAUUCCGAGGAUGUCUCCUCCAGCGACCGGAAAAUGUCCAAAUCCUCCCUAAACCAGAGCAAGAAACGGAAGAAGAGGCGGCACAGGACAAUCUUCACAUCCUACCAACUGGAGGAGCUGGAAAAGGCCUUCAAUGAGGCCCACUAUCCUGAUGUAUAUGCUAGAGAGAUGCUGGCCAUGAAAACAGAAUUGCCAGAAGACAGGAUACAGGUUUGGUUCCAGAACCGCCGGGCCAAAUGGCGGAAGAGGGAGAAGUGCUGGGGCAGAAGCAGUGUGAUGGCUGAGUAUGGGCUCUACGGUGCCAUGGUGCGUCACUCCAUCCCACUGCCCGAGUCCAUCCUCAAGUCUGCCAAGGACGGCAUCAUGGAGUCCUGUGCCCCUUGGCUCCUGGUUCAAGAUGGCUUUCCCAUGCCCAGGCGCUUUUCUAAACCCGAAUACCAACAAUUCUUUUUAGGGAUGCACAAAAAGUCUCUGGAGGCAGCGGCUGAGGCGGGGAGGAAGACGGAGGUGGAGCGCCAGGCCCUGCCCAAGCUUGACAAGGGUGACAAGGAGGAGAGGGGCCCGGAUCCCAAAACCACCAUUUCGCAGGAGGAACUGAGAGAAAACAGCAUUGCCGCCCUCAGGGCCAAAGCUCAGGAGCACAGCACCAAAGUCCUGGGGACCAUCGCCGGGGACACCCCGCCGCAGGGCAGGAAGCCGGAGGCAGGGGAGGAGGCAGCAGCGGCAGAGGAUGAGAGACAGACGGAGAAGCUGAACUCGUCGCAGAAGGAGGAGAAGCUGAUCUAGGAGGGGGAAAGAGGCGGUGGAAGCCAGCGCUGAGAGACACUGUGUCCUCAGGGGGCCGCAUUCCCCCUCAGACUGACAGCUCCCCCGGCUGCCCCUGCCGGGGCGCGGGGCCCCAGUCCCUGCAUUUGGGGCUGCCCGGCAGGGGUGCCCCCGCCUGCUCCCCCUGCCCUUCACUCCUCUGCCCCACUGGGCCUUCCUCACCUCCCCACCCUUCCUAUGGGGCACUGGGAAGUGUCCCGUCUUUGUCGACACCCGAGUGGACACUGAGGCUCUGGUCCCUCUGGCCUCACAACCAGCUCUGGUGCUCUCUCCUUCUGUUGCAGCCCCAGACCCCAUCUGUCAUCUUGGAGUCAACCC